AGUGUUAUGUGAAUUAGUUGAAGUAAACAUCAGAAUAUAUAAUGAGAGAAAAUAAACUAACAUAGGCUUGUUCAUGUAAAAAAUAUGAUAGUAGUAUUGUAUUAGAGAUAUAUUUUUUCAGAAAAUUACAAAAGAAUAUGUUAUAAAAUAAAUUAUGUUUUAAUUCAUUUUUGAGUAUUUUUUUUUCACUUUCAUAAUAUAAGAAUAAAUGAUUAAUGUUUUCCAUUCUUAGUCAUGGCACGAAUGGAUAUACAAUUUUAACUGAUUUAAUGUGAAUGGGAGUUGACGUGGGUUCUAUAUUGAUACGAGUCUCUAUUUAUAUUAAAAUAGGUUUUUAGGUUCUCAACCAAGACAGUGUACGUCUUUAUUGAUAAGUAUUAUCUUAUUUACUAAAGAACCAAAUGGUCCAACGGUAUCACCCCUUUCUUUCCAAACGAGAGGUUUUUUUUGGGAUUUAAACCUAAUAUCGGUGGAAGUGUAGAGUGUGUGCGUAAUUGUUUUAAUUAAAAAAAGAAAAAGAAGAAAAAAAAAAAGUAUUAUCUUAUUUUAUUAUUUAUCGAAUUUUACCAGUUAGGUGAAAUUUGAUGACAUGUCAUCAUCUCAUUACUCAAUUGAUCAUAAGCCACGUCAAUUCAAUCAUUCAUAAAUUUAGAUCCGUAAUUAAUGAGUUCAACCCCAUUCUUUCUCGUGAACAUUCUAGCAUCGUGUACCAUCUGUUGCAUGUGAAUUUACAAAUCCAGUAAUCCACUACAAACCUCUAGAAACUACUUUAUAUAUCUAUAUCUAUAUAUAUAUAUAUAUAAAAGAAGUAUCCAGAAACACCCACACCCUUCAAGUUUUCUCCUAUAUAAAGCCCAACCCAUUUCUCUCAUCUCAUCAACGCAACAACAAAACACGUCAAAAACAACAUAUCAAUUCUUCUCUGAUCUGCAAGCCUAUUAGUCACAAAACUCCAUUUCUAUACUCAUGGCUGGUUCAAAGCUCACCAUGUGUGUCCUAACUGUAGCAAUGGUCACACUACUCAUGCCCUUCACAGCCAAUGCACUAAUUCCCUACACUCGAACCCUCUGGGACAUGAUGCUUCCAGCCGACGACCCUUUCCGAAUCCUGGAACAAGCCCCAUUAACAGUGCCCAAAGGCGUCGAAACUCUCGCACUCGCUCGUGCCGACUGGAAGGAGACUUCAACGGCCCAUGUGAUCUCACUUGACGUGCCGGGCCUCAGGAGAGAGGACAUCAAGAUUGAGGUGGAAGAGAACAGGGUGUUGAGGAUCAGCGGGGAGAGGAAGGCGGAGGAGGAGGUGGAGGGUGAGAAGUGGCACCGGGCGGAGAGGACGGCCGGGAAGUUCUGGCGGCAGUUCCGGUUGCCGGGAAAUGCGGAUUUGGAGGGAAUCAAGGCGCGACUUGAGAAUGGGGCGCUGAGGAUCACUGUGCCUAAGUUGGCUGAGGAGAAGAAGAGGCAGCCUAAGGUGAUUGGUAUUGUUGAGGAAGGGAGUGCUGGAGAGGAUGUCAAGGCUACCAAAGCUAAAAUGUAGAGUGAGAAACAAAAACAAAAAAACAAAAAUGUGCUUUUGAUUUUUAUGGGUUUUCUUUGUUGUGUUCUUGUUAGUUCUGGGAUAAUUAUAUAUGAUGGAUAUGUAUAUUAAUGCAUGUGUGGUGGCAUUGUAUUUUCAUAGUUUUGGGUAAUAAUGGCAAUAAAAUUGAAUUGUUAAAAAAAUUAUCAU